UGUGCAUGAGAUGGAGGCCUGUGAGCGUCCGGCCAAGACCAGGAGCCUGCCGGCCUCCCCCUACGAAGAGUUUCACAAGGACACUGAGGAGGUCAUCUGUCCUCCUGAUCUGAUUUUAGACCUGAGUAACAGCGGUCUGAGUCAUGUUGGAGAGGCCUUCAAAAUCCCCAACCUUCAACAACUGUACCUGCAGAGAAACGCCCUGUGCACCAUCCCUGGGGACUUCUUCCAGCGGCUGCCCAGCCUGACCUGGCUUGACCUUCGCUUUAACAAGAUUAGAGUGCUUCCCGUUGGGAUCGGAUCUCAUAAGCAUUUGAAAACUUUGCUUUUAGAAAAAAAUCCUAUCAAAACGUUACCUGUGGAGCUGGGGAGUGUGUCCACACUGAAAUCGCUGAACUUGAGACACUGCCCUCUGGAAUUCCCUCCUCAGCUGAUUGUGCAGAAGGGCUUGCUAGCCAUCCUGACCUUCCUACGGAUGUGUGCGGUGGAUCGCCGCUCUACAGAUGCAGCUCCUCCAGAGGCCGCACCGGUUAAGAAGACAGUCCUCAGUGAGCUUCCAGCCCUCGGAGUGGCCCCACCCCAGGACCCCGUGUCUGCCAAACAAGCCGUCAGUCUGCCCGAGGCUGUGCAGAAGGAGAAGGAUAGCUUCCUCCCACCUGUUGACAGGCAGGACCAGGACCAAGUGUCCAUACACUCCUUAGAACACUGGCCAAGCAAGGAGGAGAUCCGGCGCUUCUGGAAGCUGAGGCAGGAGAUUGUGGAGAAUGGAAAAGCCAAUCUUGCUGGGAACCAGCUCCUGCCAGUCGAGCUGCCUCCCAACAUCCAGGCGACACUGAAGACCAAGGAGAGGGACUACCCACCACCCAGGGACGUGCUCAGGAGGAAGACUGCCCCCUUCAAGAGCAUCUUCCCAGCCCUCACAUCACAUUACCAAGCGGCCAUGGGAGGGAGAAGACUGGAGGAGAGUCGCGUGUUCAGGGAGAUCCAGGAAAAGCAGACCCUGGUGGAGCAGCGGAGAAGGGAUAGAAGGACGCUGCAGGAGUGGAGAGAGCAGGCCCAAAUGAAGAGGAGGAAGCAGCCCAGCGUUCUCUUGCCUCUGCAGAGGAACCUGGUGGCAUCCAAGAUCUCAUUGAGCACAAACCUCGCAAAUCAGGGGCAAGUUCCAACUAACCCACUUGAGAGGAUGAAACACAGGAAGGAGAAACCCAUGCAAGAGAGCACAGACACUAAGUAUGCUGAGUGCCCCAAAGGGCCCUCGAUGUGCUGGGAGUCGGGGCCCUCCCCCGGGGGACCUGGGAGUCGGGGCCUCCACCUUGGGGCUUCCUGUAGCCAACCUCUGCCAGGUGACCACCGGGACUUAGAAGGCUACCUGGGCCCUCUGCAGGGACGGCCAGACGAGAUCCCGCCUCAGGGUUUCUCUGUCCUCAGUGCUGCGAGGCUGGCGGAUCUGGAAGAGAGGAUUCGGCAGCACAUAAAGCAGCUGCAGGCACACAGGAGGCUACAAGGCACCGACCUGCUGCAGGAGGUGAGGACGGCCGUCCAGGACCUGGAGACCGCCAAGAAGCUGCAGGAGGAAGUGAUGAAGCUGAAGCAGGAGUCGACCUUGAACAAAGGGCACUAGCUCUCGACGCUCGUAGAAGCUAUUCGCUUCACUCACCAGAACCGCAACUUCAAAGUAUCUAUUUUGACAGAAAGUAGUAUG